AAAAUGGAAAAUAAUAUAUCUAUUCAGUCUUAUUGCAAAAUAUUUUUUUCUCUAAAUUUAUUGGGACUACACUGGAAAUAAUGAAAAAUUUUGUGUAUUAUAUUAAAGAAAGAAAUUGGAAAAAUUGUCCAUGUAAUAAGAAUGAAUUUAAAAUGAAGGAUUUAUAAGAAAUAUAUGCUUAUUUGACGUGACAAUAUAAGAAAAUGGAAAAUACAACAAAAGAUGAAACUAAAGGUUCAGUUGAAGCAAUGGGCAAUCAAACUUCAAAAAGUAAGCUUGCUGAACAAAACAAAAAUGUUGAAUCUGAAAAUGAUGAAGUAAUUAAAGAAGUUGAGGAGCAAUCUAAAACUGAAUUAAUGAUGACCAAACUAAAUACCUACAAAGCUGCUAUUAGUGCAUUUUUUUUAUCUCUGGUUAUUAUUAUUAUCAUCAUUAUCCUGACAUUCUCGGGAGAAAAACAUAUCAAAAUAUAUUCGGAGUAUGGACCUCCUGUGAUAGCACAAACUGGAUGUGGAAAAGUUGAGGGGUUAGUUGAAGACAGUGCCUUCAGUUUUCGUGGUAUUCCAUAUGCCAGACCACCCAUAAAUGAAUUACGUUUUAGAUAUGCUCAACCGUUAGAUAAUUUGAAGUACUGUUGGAAUAAUACAUUUGUAGCGCAUAAUUCCAGCGAUGUUUGUAUUCAGUUACUAAGUAACGGUACGAUAAUUGGCAAAGAGGAUUGUCUAACUCUUGAUAUCAUCACACCUUAUGUACGUUAUGAUAACCCAUUACCAGUUAUUGUUUUGAUCGGAGCUGAUAGUCUAAUGGGUGGGUCUCCCGGAAAACUGAGACCAUCUGCAAGAUACGCCCGAUCAAGGGACGUGGUUUUUGUAAGACCGAAUUUUAGGAUGGGUGCUUUGGGAUUUCUCGGUUUAGAGAUUCUAUCCGAAUCGGAUCGUUCAAGAACAUCGGGUAAUUACGGCUUGAGUGAUAUAGUGUUAAGUCUAAAAUGGGUGCAACUUAAUAUCGAACAUUUUGGUGGAAAUAAAGAUUCAGUUACAAUAUUAGGACAUAAGGCAGGAGCAACUCUUGUUACUGCUCUUACCGCGAUGCACGGGGCUAGUAAAUAUUUUAAAAGAGCGUGGGCUUGCUCUGGUGGUGCCAUUUAUCCUAAAAAAGAUAUAAAAAAAUUCCAAAAGGAUAAUUACAGUUACCUUGAGUCCGUACAAUGUAAAGAUGUGGACUGUUUAAGAAAUUUGGAUGCCGUGAAGUUGAUCACUGCUGUAGAAGAUACGUGGAGGAAGCCGCAACCUGAUCUACCUUUAGAAGAUGAAAUUCCAGAAAAUAGACAUGAAUGGUUGGCUUUGGACGGCCACAUAUUAAGAAGAUAUCCUCACGAAGUAUGGAGUUCAGAUAGCGAAUUACCCGUUAGUUUAGUUAUAGGAACAACAGCUCAUUCAGGUAGCUCUAAAAAAUUACUGAUGAAACACAAAACAUGGACCAAAGAUAUGAUUAAAGAACACAUUACGGAAUCUUUUUUAUCUAAAACUACAUUUUUGGAAGAUGUUUUGAAAAUGUAUCCUUUAACUUACGAAGGUUUGAGUCGAAUGAUAUCGGACAUUAGAAUUGUUUGUCCGUUGUUCGCUCUAUCUAGUCAGAUGAAAUCAGUGCCAUUUUAUGUAGUGACUCAGACCAGAUUGGAACUAAACAUUGCCGAUAUUGACUCUGAUAUAGACGCGAUUUUAGGUAGAUACGAACCCAGGACGCCGGAACAAAGAAGAUACUUUUCUGCAAUACAAGGAUUGUUUUACCAAUACGUUUGGAAUGGCGUAAUCGAUGAAAAUCUAAUCGGCGAAAAAGUACUAAUUGUUCAACAAGACGUCUUAACAAAUAAGACUUAUUCAUAUUGUAAUUAUUGGAUGUCCAAACAUAUUGUGCCAAACUAUGCUGCUCUCGACUGAGAGAAAUAUGAAUUUUAUAAUGAGUAACUUUACAAUCGUGGUUUGUAAAAAUACAAAUCAAAUGAUAAUUAGGACCAAGGUGAUGGAGUGGUAUAAAGUUUAUAACAGAAAUAGUUUAACCCCCGAUCACUCGCGUGAUUUUUAGCUUCGUGAGCACUCGCGGGGUGUUGUGGACACACCAAACGUUGAUUUUAUAAUCAAUUCUAUUAUUAUUUUACAAAGUGUUAUAAUCAGCAGCCUUAUUAGUCAUAAUGAGGUUUCUCCUCAAAGAACUAAAAAAAAAAACUUGUUCGUUUCUACUAAAAUUUUACAAGAAUAGCAAACAUGGUUUGUUAACAAAAAUUUUAGUGACUCAACGUGUUAAUGUCUUUAAAACGUGGACGAACUAUAUAGCCUUGCUUUUUUCUGGUGACAUUCCUUCGGUGCUUGAUCCAGGGGCAUUCAACAUCCUCUUUAGAGCUUUGGGUAACCCUAGUUGUGAGAGUCUUUUUUCAAAAUAACAUGAAUCACGCUCAAACCCAGCGAUUCCAAAAACUCAGGUCUUUGUUUGUUACAUUGUGAUUACCCUAUAUUCCAAUUGUGGUUAACAUUAACCAGAAGUAUCCAGCACAUAAAAAAAUCUCAAUGGCAAAGGUGAAUAUAUCCUUAAAAUUUGGUCGGUCGUGUCCUCACCGCCUUCCUGUUCAUUGUAGAAUAAAAGAAAUUCUGACUUUAGCUCAUUUGUAGCAAUUGUGGUGUCAUUAUUGUCAUGUAAUGUUUCUCUGUUUACGACAAUAGGACACCGGAGUCAAUGGCAAUUUGUAACGAAAGCCAAAAAAUUCUUUUGCUAUUGGAAUGCUAGUACACCAAUUACAAUAAGUCAGGAUCUUUCCAGACGCACAUAAUCGCGUAACUACAUCAUUCGGCUUAUAGCUUACUUUGAAAGGUACAUCUAGUUGAUAAUUAAGGUAUCAUUCACUAUAAAGCAUUUGCAUCUUAUAAACCAAAUCUUUCCUAAUCAUACAACCUUGGCUCACUUGGAAUAUAUUGUCGAACGUCCUCUAAAUUUCAGCAAAUACACCUCCAUAGCGAAGUUCUCAUUGAGACUAUAGUUGUCACCGUAAUAAUUGUUGGAUUGCAUAAAAAUGUUUCUUAUUGGAACAGCGACAGCACCCCGUGCGAGUGAUGGAAGUGUAAUUUCUUUUGGGUAGAAAAGUAAUUUCCAUUGAUGUUUGAAACUGAAAAAUAAAACUUAUCAACUUGUACCAUUCUUUCCUCUUGGUCCUGGUAAUGGUUUUAAAUUUAUAUUAGUACCUUAUCGCAAGGACUGAAUUGUCUGAAAAAUUUUGAACACAACAAUAUACGUACCAAGUUAUUUUUAUUUCUAUAUUUGGUCUUUCUUUUGAGAUCUUGCAAUGACACUUAUCACUAUCAAAUUCUGUUACUAGUUAGCUAUCAUUUUUUUGCAAACAUCAUCAGAUUUUUUCUAUUAAGAAUAUAUCCUGUGACAAAAUAGUAGAAUUCAAAAAUCUACCCUAUAGAAGUUAUAAAAUAACAAAAUAACUAGAUAGCUAGACACUAAAAGGCAGAAAACUUCCUAACGGGUGGUAAUCCAUCUGUGACUCUUCUUUAUAACUUUUCUCAAAGAUUGAAAAAUAAAUCUGAAUCUUUUCUAAAUCCAUCAGUGUCUUAUAAAUCUUCAGAUUUAGUUUUCCCGCUUUAUAUACUCCAGCUAUUCAACAGUAAAUCUAUGAGUGAAGCAUUCUUUUCUCGGAAAUAUUUUGAUUGUAUUGCUUCAAUAUUUUCAUCUAUUAAUUUGGUGCAUGUCAUGAAAACUCCUGUUUUUGCUAGUAAAUUCACUCCUGGUAAUUUCGGAAGGAGGUUUUGUGUAGCCGUUCUUCUUCCUGAGGAAUAUGGAGUGAUUCUCCAUGUUAAUAAGGAUAACGAUCUACUCCGGCGGGCCUCAUUUAAAUUGAAAAUUUUAAAACAAUAUUUAAUCUCAUAUUAUUCGCUUAAAACGAUAAACUAUGAGCUAUUACAUCUGAUGUUCAGUAAAACGUUGCGUUUCUUUAUAACUAAGUAACAGAUAAAUCAAAAUACUUACAUUUCCUUGUAUCGAAAUGUUAUAAAUCCGAGCUAUGUAGGGCAGAACUCCAUAAAUCGUUCGUUACUAGCAGCCCCACGCUAACGUCGCGGAGUACCAACCGCUCUGAUGCAUGUGUGAGUAAAGGAGAUUUUCAAAUCGUCACCUUAUUAUUCCCGGGCUUUAUUUGCCUCAGGUACCUUAGUAUUUUCAUAUAUUCAGCAGAGUUAACAAUUACUGAAUAGCCUCGUACAUUUUCAAAAAAGGGCGGGUCAAAAUCAUCACUUUCGGAGAAUGUUAAGGUUUUUGGUGUUGUAGUUUAGUGUUUUCUCUACUUUAAAAUCUGAAAUUUUGUUUGUUGACAUAUCAGUGAAAGUGGGCCGGGAAAGUUGCCAAAGCUAUGUCUUGAAGAGAGAACUUGAGAGCAACCCCGAUCUUACCACUUGCGCGGUGCCUUUGCUAAACCGGUUGCAAUAGUGCAAAAAUAUAAAAAUAAGUGAAAACUUUCAUUAAGUUAGCGGUUUACACCAUAUAUUUUUAUCCCGUUCGCGCUAUUUUAACUAUCACGAUAAUGUAAUUUGUAUAUAAACCAGUGUGAUAUUUUUCAGUAUUAUUGUAAAGUUCCUUUUCUAAUGAUACCUAAGAUAAAAUAUUUUUUAUAUGUAUUAGUGUAGUAUUACUUGCAUAUGCAUGUUUAGUAUAUAUUACCAGUAAAGUAUGAUGUGAUUA